AUGGAAACAAAAGAGGGGAUCUCAAGCCCCAUAGCUGCUCACAUACUUGAUUUCUGUGAUGACGGCCUGGGUGAUAACCUGCUUGCUGCAGUGACCUCUACCUCCGACCCGUUUGCAGCCUCCUCUGAGGAUGUUUCAUCCUCCUCCACUGCCACCCCUCCUCUCUGCAGCUACAACGAUGACAUCCCAGAAAUGGCCUUCUCCCUGUUACCCUGCUUUGACUCUACACUCUCAGCCCUACUUGAGGAAGAGCAAAAUGUAUGUCCUGAUACCAAUCUCAUUCCCCUAAUCAAUGAGACACUUGCAGCACCAGGAUACUAUCAAGCUGCUAAUGGAGAGGUCAGCAUAGAGCAAUUCGGUCAACCACGGCUUCCCCAGAGCAUAGAUGAACCCUUGCUGGCAAUGCAAAUGAGCAGUACUACGCCUAUCUCGAUGCCUCUUGCUCCACGGUGUGAUGAAGAGUGCCUCACGGCGGCACUAACCAGAGGGUACAUGAGCCUGGAUAGUGCCCUGUAUCCACAAACAGGAGCAAUGAUCCCGAGUUACAACACAGAGGCAUCAAAAUUAGGAUUCUUCAAUGGUAGUGGUGGUAAUAGCAAUGGUAUGGUGGUGUUAGAUAUGAAUGACAUCGGCGAGUAUCAGAGGAUGAUAGAAGGUGAAGGACCGACGAGAACAUAUAGCGACACAGAUUCCAUGCAAGGGGGCUAUAGCAACACUGCAGAGAUUCAGAACGGGGGUAACAAUCAAGACCUGGUAAAUGGAUGCAACGGAAGCCCGCCAACAUUACCUCCAACAGAGUAUGCUUGCAGAAAAACUUUAACAGUCAGCAGGCCCCGUGUCCGUGGAAGGUUUGCAAAGAAUGAGGAACUUUGUGAAGCAACAAGAUCAAGCUCCCAAAAUCAUGAUGAAUAUGGACAGAUUGCGGGUGCACAUGGAGAAGACAUUCUUGACAUGUCCGAUAUCCUCGCACAUUUGAGUGCAAUAAACAACUAUAGCUACAAGUAUAAUUAUACCACUGAAUCAUGGAUAUGA